AUGGCUUUCCGCAACGGCCUCACCCAAGUGCUGGCCACUUAUGUCCUGGCACGUCUGUUUGCUUAUCUCAGGCCUGGACUCCAGCUUGCACUGGAACUAUGCAAGCACCAAGUGGUCUCGCUGAGAGGCUCCUUGAAGGGAAACGCGAGCUUGAAGAGCAAAAGCUCUGCAACUGAGAAAGAAAAGCCCAAAAAUUUACAGGCGCAAGUAUCGCCUACAUAA